AUGGCAAACACGUCGUCUCUGCUUUUUGUGUGUUCCUGCAUUGUAUUUGCUGGUGUCAUCUUGAAAGUGCAAGCAGAAAGCCCCCUCUUUACAUUUCCUCCUGCAACGAAUUUCAACCUGGAAGGAGUUGCCACACAUAUGUCAGCGUUUCCGCAUAUCACCGACAUGCCUUUCAUGCGACUCUCAAAUGGAGACAAAACCCAGGCAACAUUCUCCUGGAUGACUUACAACCAACCAAUUUCUCUCUGGGACGAAAAUUCUUUUCUUGCAAAUUUUUCUUCUCAUUUUCAAUUUCUGGUUGCUUCUAUAAGCGAUUACCAGUCAUCCCAUUACGGAGAUGGGCUUGCCUUCUUCCUCGCCCCUUUCGACUCUGACCCGCCACAAAACUGUACAGGCCAAUGGCUUGGUCUCUUUAACCAAUCCACUGAUGGAAGUUCUUCCAAUCAAAUUGUUGCCGUGGAAUUCGACACAUUAAGAAAUGAUCCAUUUGAUCCAGAUGAUAACCACGUGGGAAUCGAUGUGAAUAGCAUUGUUUCAAAGGCGAAUGUAUCCCUGUGGAGUGAAUGGGAAAUCCAAAUUCGUAGCGGAAAGAAACUGCAGGCAUGGGUGGAUUACGACGGCUUAGCAAAGAGGCUUUACGUCUUUCUUACGACCGACGUACAAAAACCAGAAACACCAAUUUUAUCAUAUGGCAUUGACCUCACAAAGUUUCUUCCCCAGAAAAUCAAGGUCGGCAUUUCGGCUUCCACUGCAUAUUCAAUAGAAGAACACUAUGUUUUCUUUUGGGAUUUUAAAUCUCACCAUUUGCAGACUGCCACGAAAUGGAAUUAUGUUUUAAUAUUAGCCUUCGCCUCCCUCUUCACCGUCGUCGGAUUUGCGAUCUCAGCGGGGUUGUGGUAUUUUGGAAACAAAAGCCGUCAGAAGGAGGACAUUGAGAAGGACAGCGCAAGUUCCUUCGAGCUGAGCUCAGAUCUGCAACUCAAAAUUAUAGCUAAGAACAAAAUUUUGGACGAUGUUUAUAGAGGCAUCUUGCCAGGCGCAAAACAAGCUGUGGGAUACAGCAUCUGA